CUCACACACACACACUAAUCCUAACCUGAUUAGCUGGUUAAGUGUUAUUAUAAUCCAGGGUUUAUAAAGUUUCUAAUCUGUCAUGUCUGAUAAGAGCUGACACUUGAAUGACAUCGCCGCAGUAGACGCCGUCCUGACCGAGUGUUUUAGAGAAGUGAUCUGCUCUGGUCUGAUCUGAUCUGAUCUGAUCUGGUCUGAUCUGAUCUGAUCUGCUCUGGUCUGAUCUGCUCUGGUCUGAUCUGAUCUGAUCUGAUCUGUAUGUUGAAUCUGAUCCUGAGCUGGACAUCAUGGGAGAGAGGAUGAGCGCGGACGAUGAGGCGAAGGACAAGGGGUUCUCCGACGGCGAGGGCCGGGCCGACAGCCGAGUGCAGGUCUUGGGGGACGGCGGCGCGGCGCGUCCGGAUCAGACGGAGACGCGGUUGUACAGGAGGAGGUGGCUGAUCGUGUUCCUGUUCAGCUCGUAUUCACUGUGUAACUCGUACCAGUGGAUUCAGUACGGCAUCAUCAACAACAUUUUCAUGAAGUUCUACAACGUCGACUCCUUCACCAUAGACUGGAUGUCCAUGAUCUACAUGCUGACCUACAUCCCGCUCAUCUUCCCCGUCACGUGGCUCCUGGACAAGAAGGGGCUCCGCGUCGUGGCGCUCGCCGCUACCGCCCUCAACUGCGCCGGAACGUGGAUCAAAGUCGCCAGCGCCAGGCCCGACCUUUUCCCCGUGACUUUUCUGGGGCAGGUGACGUGCUCCGUGGCUCAGGUGUUCAUCCUCGGGAUGCCCUCGCGCAUCGCCUCGGUGUGGUUCGGCUCAGAUGAGGUCUCCACCGCGUGCUCCAUCGGGGUUUUUGGAAAUCAGCUCGGCAUCGCCGUGGGAUUUCUGGUUCCCCCGAUCCUGGUCCCGAACGUGGAGGACAUGGACGAGCUGGCCCGUCACAUCCAGACCAUGUUCUACAUCACAGCGGGCGUGGCCACGUUUCUCUUUAUCCUGGUGAUCAUCGUGUUUCAGGAGAGACCCGCUCUGCCUCCGUCUCAGUCUCAGGCUACAGCCCGUCUCAUCCCCCCGGAGAGUUACUCGUACUCGUCCUCUAUCCUCCGACUCCUCCGUAACGUCCCCUUCAUCCUGCUCAUCAUCAGCUACGGGUUGAACGUGGGUUGUUUUUACGCCGUGGGGACGCUGCUCAACCAGAUGAUCAUCAAACACUACCCGGGUGAAGAGGUGAAUGCUGGGAGAAUCGGCCUCACCAUCGUCAUCGCCGGGAUGGUCGGCUCGCUCAUCUGCGGGAUCUGGCUGGACAAAACCAAAACCUACAAACAGACCACGCUGGUCGUGUACGUGAUGUCUCUGGUUGGUUUAGCUGUUUACGCCUUCACACUGGACCUCGGACAUCUUUGGGUCGUCUUCAUCACAGCAGGAGCUCUCGGGUUCUUCAUGACAGGGUAUUUACCUCUGGGUUUUGAGUUUGCGGUUGAGCUCACGUACCCAGAAUCUGAGGGCACGUCAUCAGGACUGCUCAACUGCUCCGCCCAGGUGUUUGGGAUUAUUUUCACCAUCUGUCAGGGGAAGAUCAUCAACACUUUUGGCACACUGCCAGGAAACCUCUUCCUGUGCGCCUUUCUGAUUGUUGGGACUGUUUUAACUGGAUUUAUUAAGUCGGAGCUGCGCAGACAGAGGGCCAACCAGCUGGCCAAGACCUCCGUUCUGGAUUACGGUGCCACGACUCCAAUUAACUACUGAUCAAUCAAUCAACACACGCCGGCCCAGGAAACAUCAAACGGAUCAGAUGUGAAUUCUACUGCUGUCGGACCUGCUACAAGAAUGUAAACACGCGCGCGUACUUUAACGUUAACGUGUGUGUUCAUGUUUAAAUACGGAGGUGGUUCAAAAGUCUGAGUCCAUCGUGGGCGUGUCCAAAGUCAAAUACCAUUUACACAGUACAGGCCACAUACACACCACCGUCAUGUGUGUAACAAACCAAAGACGAUAUCGUCCACAUAACCACACACCUCAUACACUGUAUAUCUCAUGUAAACACAAUGAACACAAUAAAGUGUCGACUUCGGUCCAUGGACACGUCCCAGUCCCACGCCACAUCUGGUGGUCUCAGACCUCUGGACAUGAGAACUUGGGCCUCUGUUACAACUUUGCACUAUUAACGCCCGCGCAUCUCAUUAUUAUUAUUAUUCUGGAUGUUUUUCAUAGAUGAAAUCUAACGAUCGCACAUCGUGUCCAAAAUGUUUGUUUCUUUGCCUGGUGCUAACGGGGUUGAGGUUUGAGCUUGGACAAUUCUGAUCCUUAGAGCUCAAUUUCUAUGCGUGAGUGAGAGCACGCGCUAUACCUAGCCUCCAAAUGCGUUAACUUCAUAUCAUCCAAAAGCUGAUUGCGAACUCUUGCUAACAGGGCGUGAAAGUAACGUCAAAAGUUAAACGCGUUCGUUUCAUUUUUAUGCUAUGAAUCGUAGCAUUAGGUGAAGGUGGGGGGUAGAAAGUGGGCUUUCCAAUAGGUAGCUACAGCACACUCAAGCCCCUCCCUCCCCCUCUGGCUCCACCCAUGUAGACCAGCACUCGAGUGAAUGUGUGACUUUAUACUCCAGGAUGUAAUCUGUUACUCUUUAGCCCAUAAAGCGGAUGCUGUUACACCAGCGCGUCUAGCCUCGCUCAAACUGAACAUUUAACCAGAUUAAUGUUUAAGAUUUUAAUUAACAUGAAAUUUAUUAACUAUAAAAAAUAAACACUAACGUCAUUUUAACAGACAUGGGCACGCCCUGAGUCAGUAUUAAUAACGAAGCAUUAUAUUAGAUGUAAACCCUGUCGGUUUAGAAGCACAAAUCAUCUCUUUCCAGAUGUGAGCCAUGUUUUUUUUCCUUUACAUCAGGUUUUCUUUUAGAAACAACAACUGGAUUUUUUAAGAUUUAGUUUAACCUUUUUAUUCUGUCGCCCUUAUCGACUUAUACACACCGCGCUUGUCAUCUUAACAGCCUUGCCAUCAGUUCAUCUGUUCAACUUAAAGCGACAUGCAUAAUUAUUGGCAUUGGCUUAAAGAAAAAUGAUUGUUGGUUAAUACAUAAAAAAGUCAUUUAAAUAUUAUACUUAAAAUAAGAUAUAAAUUACUUUUAAUUAACAUCUGAACAGAGGUUGCUAUAAACAACCUGAAACUUACUAGCAUAGAAUCCGGAGAUGACUUUUUUCUUCAAGGUAGAUUGUUCAGGAAGCAAGGGUGCCAAUAGUUCUGAAGCCAAAUGACUUUAUUAGCCCAGGAUUUGUUUGUUUUUUUUUAAGUAUAAUGUAAAAUGAUAUUUUUAUUUUACAAGUCGACAAGGGUACAUCUCAAAAUACGACUGAUAUUUAACUUCAUAAGUUUUAACUGUAAUAUUUACUAUAACAUUUAAUCAUCUAAUCACGUCUUCAGGUUACAAAAGUGAAGUCACGACUGCGUUUAUUUCAUCGUUCACUUAAUUCAACUCAUUUUGCAGUAAAUGCCAGACUCAGGCGGUGCGUUCUGAUUGGCCGAGAACUUUACAAACGGUAAAUCUCUAUUAGUUAACUCUGUGUUAGGUUAUGGAAUAAAAAUAUGAUUUAGCUUGACUAUUAGGAUAUUUAGAUUUAGAUAUACACUGUAAUUUCUUAGGAGAAGCGAUGAAAUAAACGCAGCUGGUUUUGCAUAACUCAGGCACUCAAGACACUUUUGUUUCUGUUACUGAAACCUAAAGCAUUUAAUAGUGUUUCUGCUAUAAAGUGAUUUAAACAACUGGAAUAAAUGUGAAUGCUUUGGCAACAAAAAAACACAACUCUGUAAGUUUCCUACUUGAAGAGCCACAGAUUGUGAAACGAUGAAGUCGCAGGUGUGAUUAAACAAAUUACUACUUUUUAAGAACUCAUUUUAUAUAUAUUUUUUCCAACAUUGUUACUGAUACAAUUUAAUACAGAAUAAAUAAAAUGUUUGUAAAGGCACACAC